AUGGCGGGGGGUUUGUUGGGUGGAAGAUUUUCUCCCGACGAAGACGAAAACUGGAAAAUUUGUGCGGUGUGGAGCGAGGGAAGAGAGCAGGCGCUUGUCGAAUAUACGUGCGUCUUUCCAGGAGCGUUCCGCGUUUUAUAUAUGGGCCUUUCUUAUUGUAGGGAUAAUCCGGCUCUCGACUACUAUAAUAUUUUUCAAUUUUUUGCGCCACAGCUAAUUAGCCGUGUGGCCCCGCGGGGGCCGUGAUAAUCAAUUUUGUGCGAGUUACCAUGGUCACAUGGCCGAUGGGAGUCGGCGGUUCGCGUCGGGUUGAUCAUGUUUUAUCGACUUAUUUUCGACGAUUUCAGGUGCAGCCCGAGUCCAACUUCCCGUGCCUGAUUGUAAGUUGUCCGUUUUUCUUUGUUCUUUCGGUUUUAGGGAAAUUUCGAAACCUUCGGCGGGUCUGCGGGAGUGCCCAAGAGCCCCGUCCUUGAGGAAGGGCAGGGGAAUAUGGGUAUUCGAUUGAAAAUCACGUAGAUAUUGAACAACAGGGGUAUUCUUGGAAGACUUUCGAUAUUUUGAUAUCCAAAAUCUAUUGUUGGCAGUUUGUGAGUGGGAGAAUGAGUCUUAAAACGGGUAUAUCGAUCAUUUUAGGCUGGUAUUUGGAGGGCAGUAUCAAAAUUUAAUAAAAAUUUCGAGCUUUUUGUUUUAAGGUCUACACCCAAAAAAUUGGAUGUUCAGACAACAUUUUUGUUAUCUGAAAAAGGCUAGAAGUCGAAAGGGAGCCCUUAUCCUCGAGAUUGACUCAUUUUUUAUUCUUUUUGUUUGCUCUUUUAUAUUACACCAGGCGGGGUCUGUUGAGGGUCGAUUUUAGGCCAAUUUGACGCUUUAUUUCGGUAAAUAAAUCGUUUCCAUAGAUGUGUAAUGUCGUUUACAAAGUUCUCGAGCCAAUUUUCCCCCCAGCUUUUUGAUAACUUUACUGAAAUUUUCAAAAAUUGAAAAAAUUUUUAGUGGAUGAGGUAACCAACAUGGAGAAGCGAAUCUUGGGCCUUUACCAAGCCUUCCGACCGCCGCCGGAAGCCAAGACCUACUACCCCACUCCCCACGAGUUCAAGGAUCCAAUCCGCUACAUCCAUUCCAUCCGCGAUGAGGCCGAAAAAGAGGGCGUCAUCAAAAUUGUCCCACCUCGCGGCGCCUUCAACCAUAAAUGCGUCAUAAACCCGGACACGUACGUGAUCGACACCCGCUUCCAGAAGCUCUGCGGAAUAGACAUGCUGUGCCGGGAUCGGAUGUAUUUCAUCAAGAAGUUGGAGUUGUUUUGGUCCAACUUUGAGGUCCAUUUCACCUGGCCCUACAUCAACGAUUGUUAUGUGGAUAUGAAACGGUUAUACGAAGUGAGUUGGGUUGUGAAUAGAUUUUUUGAGUUUUUUAGGCUACGAAAGGGAAUUUCGAACUUGUUUUGGCCUGUUUUGGACAAGCAUAAAAAUUUUAUAACAGAUUUUUUGAAAAUUUAUAUUAUCCAUGAGAAAUUUAAAAUUUUUUGUCGAAAAGUGAGGUAAUUUCUUAUCAAAUCUCACUGUAAUGAGUCUGAAAUUGCCUUGGAUUUCGUUGGGAAUUAAAUUUAUGAAUUCCUUUUUGCAAAAUUUUAUUUUUCUUACGUCUUCUCGCUAAUCCAAAGUUAUUUUUUUUUAUAACUGAUGAAGUCAGCUAAUCCUACGAGACGAUUGAAGUUGAUUAUGUUCGUAAUAAUCCAAUUUAGACGUUGUUUUUUGCAAUUUUGAGGUUCUUUGGCAAUAUUAUAUUAUCCAUGAGAAAAUUUUUGUAGUUUUGGCUUAAAAAGUUUUUUUUGCAAAAAUAUAUACGACUUGGCUCUAAACAAGCUUUGAUUGGUCUUUAUCAAGCUUUUAGUCAUUGAUUUGAGAGAAAUUUUAUAUUAUCCAUGGCAAAUUUCAGCUAGUCCAAGGCCAAAAUGGCCACACUCAAGUCACCAAAGCCCAUGGCUGGGCGGAUAUUGCCCGAACCCUCGGCUUCAACGCCUAUAAUGGCACAAAUCUCCGUGACAUUUACCUCAAAUGGCUUCUCCCAUUCAAAGAAAAAUUUUUGGAUCUGGAGAAAUCCGCAGAUACCGAGGAUAUCAUACUGGUCGACCCCAAAGAAGAAAACAAACCCGAAGUGAAACGAGAAUUUGAGCAAAAGCAGGUGGAAAUCAUUGACAUCACCGACGAAAAAGAUGAUGAACCACCGGCGAAGAGGUUGAGAAAAGGCCGAAUGAUGGCUGGUGUGAGGUGCAGACAUACGACGGCAAAUCCGGAGUUUGGUAAGAUUUUGAGUUUUUUUUUGUUUGGUUUUUAGGCACAAGGAAUGUGAAAGAGAAGGGGUUUGACAAUGAACAGAUCGAAAAUUUGAUUGAAGAAAAAUCAAAAUGAAUUUAUACAAGAUACAGUGAAGGACUUGAUCCAAUGGCAAAAAACGUACCAUUUUGCAUCCGGGAAGUAUCAAAAAUGUGGCAAAAUGCUUCCCUCUCCAAGUCGAAAAAACUCCGUUUUGAAGGCUCCCUCACAAAAAGACAUGGCGAGCUUUUGAAAUUGGAGUUUUUUAGUUGGAGAAGGAAGCAUUUUGCGACAUUUUUGAUAUUUCCCGGAUGCAAAAUGGUACGUUUUUGCCACUGGAUCAGGUCCCCCGCGGUAUGUCUCGAGCUAUUUAUUGAAGACGAGGGUUUUGAUAAUGACACGGUCGAAAAUUUGAUUAAAAAAAGUCGAAAUCAAUUUUCAAGAUACACGAGACUCCGAUUUUCAUCAAAUUUGGCACAAAUGCUCUGUAUAGGCCACAAAUCAAGCCCUUAAAAUGCGGGCUUGCUUAAGAAAGGAUCGCUGAAUAUCUGCGCUGUGCCUGGAAGGCACAAGCUAGCAUUUUGAGGGCUUGGUUUGUGGCCAUAGAGAGUACAUUGGGGGACCUGAUCCAGUGGCAAAAAACGUGCCAUUUUGCAUUGGGGAAGUAUCAAAAAUGUGGCAAAAUGCUUCCCUCUCCAAGUGAAAAAACUCCGGUUUUAAAAGCGUGCCCGCUAACGAAGUUUCUUUUACUUGGAGAGGGAAGCAUUUUGCUAUAUUUUUGAUACCUUGCGGAUGCAAAAUGGUACGUUUUUUGCCAUUGGAUCAGGUCCCCCACUGUAUUUCCGCCAAAUUUGAUGGAAAUCGGAGUGUCGUGUAUCUUGAGAGAAUUGAUUUUGGCCUUUUUUCAAUCAAUUUUCAACCUGUUCAUUAUCAAAACCCUCCUUUUCCGCGAAUGGCUCAGAACUCUGUUGAUUUUGAAAAUUUUUUGGUUUUUUCACGAGGAAAAAAUAUUUUGUACCCAAAUUUGACGCUCCAAAUCUCUUUUUCAGCCUCCAAAAUCAACGGGAAGUGCGCCCACUGCAUGAAAAUCAUGGACGAACAGGACGCGGACAACACCGAAUGCUUCGAAUGCGGCCAAGAAUUUCAUUCCAAAUGUGUCGCCCUAAAAAGUGAAGAACUCCCGCCGAAAUGGCGAUGCCUUCAAUGUUUGAAGAAGGAACUCAAGGAAUAUGAGUUCUAUUUCGUGGACAAUGAGAGCAAACGGACCUUGGCUCAGUUCAAAACAAAGGCCGACAACUUCAAAAAGAACUACUUUAAGGUCGCAAAUCAUGAGGUAAAUCGGUCUGAAGGUGUUUAGAUUUAAAUUUUUGGGAAAGAGAGACAUUUUUUUGGUACUUUUUGGGGUCAGAGUGGAAAGAUUUGGAGAUUUUUUAUAUUAUACAUGAGAAAAAAUUUUUGAUUUUUUGCUGUUUUGACCCUGAAUUUGGAGGAAAUAUGAAGCAAAACGGUAGAAAAAGACUAUUGUGAGCUAGAAUAAAGCUUUUUAGGUUGUGUUUGAAAACUUUUUUAUAUUAUACAUGAGAAAAAAAAUUUGAUUUUUUCGUCGUUUUGAUCUUGAAUUUGGAAGAAAUGUGAAGCAAAACGGUGGAAACAGGGUGAUGCGGGCUGUAAGAAAGAUUUUUAGGUUGUGUUUGACAAAUUUUUUAUAUUAUACAUGAGAAAAAAAUUUUGAUUUUUUGUCGUUUUGAUCUUGAAUUUGGAAGAAAUAUGUAUUGAAAAUGUAGAAACAGACUGUUGAGAGCUAGCAUGAAGCUUUUUAGGUUGUGUUUGAGAAAUUUUUUAUAUUAUACAUGAGAAAAAUUUUUGAUUUUUUUGGUGUUUUUGAUCUUGAAUUUGCUGGCAAGAUGAUGAUGGAAAACAGUAGAAAAAGACUUCUUCGGGCUAGAAUAAAGCCUUUUAGGUCGUGUUUGAGAAAUUUUUAUAUUAUACAUGAGGAAAAUUUUUUGAUUUUUUUCAUUUUACCCAUAAUCUUAUAGGAAGUCCUCAUCGAAAAGGUGGAAACCGAGUACUGGAAGAAUGUGGCCGACUUUGAAGGCCGAAUCGAAGUGGAAUAUGGUGCGGACUUGGAGUCGAAAAAGCUUGGAAGCGGAUUCCCCAGGUCCAAGGACGAAUUCCGCGGUGCUGAUGCGGACAGAAAAUAUCAGUGGGCUCGUCAUCCUUGGAAUUUGAAUAAUUUGCCGGUCCUCGAAGACUCAGCGUUGAGCCAUGUGGGAACUGAUAUUUCCGGUAGGAUUUUUUGAUUUUUUUUUUGGUUUUUAGGGUCUGAAAGUAAUCUCGAAGACAAAUUUGGUUGUUAAGUGUGAUGUUUUUGAUUAAUUUUUUCGGUUUUAGGGAUGGUCGUCCCAUGGGUGUACGUUGGGAUGUGUUUUUCCACUUUUUGCUGGCAUGUGGAAGAUCAUUGGACGUACAGUAUGAAUUAUAUGCAUCAGUAAGUUGGAAUAGGAGAUUUUUUGAUUAAAAAAUUUUUUUUUUAUUUUUUUUUUUUCGAAUUUUUGGAUUUUUUUAUUAAAAAAUUUUUUUUUGAUUUUUUUUUGAUUUUCGAAAUUUUAAAAUUUUUUUUAUUUUUUUCGAAUUUUUGGAUUUUUUAUUAAAAUUUUUUUUGAAUUAAUUUUUUUUCGAUUUUUGCAAUUUUUCAAAAUUUUUUAUUUUUUAAUUUUUCGAUUUUUUAAAAUUUUUCAAAAAAUAAAAUUUCUCAAAUUUCCAGAGGCGAAGCGAAAGUUUGGUACGGAUUCGGGCGCGAGCACGCGGACAAGUUCGAAGAAGUAAUGAAAACCAUCUCCCCCGACCUCUUCAACCAAAACCCGUCCAUGCUGAACACCAUGCACAACAUGCUGAACCCCCUGAUCCUCAUGGAACACGGGAUCCCCGUGAAAACGGUCCGCCAAAACGCCGGCGAGUUUGUGGUCACCUUCCCCAGAGCCUAUCACGCCGGAUUCAAUUGUGGGCUGAAUGUGGCCGAAGCGGUCAAUUUCGCGCCGUAUGAUUGGGUAAGAAAUAGGGGGGUUUUGAAAAAAAAAAAUGAUUUUUUUUGGGGGUUUGAGGUGAUUAAAAUUUUUUUUGGUUUAAAAAAUUUAAUUUGAAAAAAAUCAAAAAAAAAAUUUUUUUUGAAAAUUUUUUAUAAUUUUUUGAAAUUUUUUUGAGUAAAAAAUUGCAAAAUUUCAGCCAAUAUUUUUUUUUGGUUUAAUAAAUUUAAUUUGAAAAAAAAAUUGAAAUUUUUUUAAAUUUUUUGAAAAUUUUUUUUAUUGAAUUUUUUUGAGUAAAAAAUUGCAAAAUUUCAGCCAAUAUUUUUUUCGGUUAAAAAAUUUUAUUUGAAAAAAAAACUUGAAAUUUUUUUAAAUUUUUUGAAAUUUUUUUUAUUUUUGAAUUUUUUUGAGUAAAAAAUUGCAAAAUUUCAGCCAAUAUUUUUUUUGGUUUAAAAAAUUUAAUUUGAAAAAAAACAUUUUGAAAAGUUUGAAAAAUUUUUUUUGAAAUUUUUUUUGAGUAAAAACUUGCUACAAUUCAGCCCAUUCCUCCCAAAAAAAUUAAUAAUUUUUUUUUCAGCUCUCCGUUGGCCGCCAAUGCGUCGAGAACUACAUGAAGACCAGUCGUUGCUGCGUCUUCGCCCACGACGAACUGAUCCUCAACCUGGCGAACACGACCAGAAGCCUGAGCCUGGGAAUGCUGGCCGCCGUCUACAACGAGCUGGAGCAAAUCUACGAACGGGAAUGCCGAUUCCGCCGCGACCUGGGCGCCAACAACAUCAACCGCAGCGAGUUCUGCGAAUUCGGCACCGUCCCCGACGACGACCGCAGCUGCACCAUCUGCGGCACCACCCUGUUUGUGACCGGUCUGGAAUACCGCCCCAAGGACCUGAAGAAACCGCAGUUUGGGUGCUCCAGGCAUUGGAGAACCCUGACUAAAAGGCAUGGAACGAAGGAUAUGCUUGUGAGGUGGGUUGGAAGAUGUUUUUAGAGGGAAAAAAGUGUUUUGGGGAGCAAAGGGAAGUGGAAAGCAAAUUUGUGAAUUUUUGAAAAAAAAAAAUUUUUUUGGUGAAAAGAUUUUUUUGUGAAUUUUGAAGUGUUUUUGACCUGGAAUAUGAGCAAAAAUUUUUUUUUUUUUUUGAUUUUUUUGUUAAAAAAAAUUUUUUUUUUUUGAUUUUUUUGUUAAAAAAAAUUUUUUUUUUGCGAAUUUUGAGUUUUAAAAAAGAAAUUUUUUGCGAAUUUUGAGUUUUUUAAAACAAAAUUUUUGCGAAUUUUAUGACACUUGGCUCAAAUUUAGACUGGAAUUUUCCAAUACAUACCUGUUUUUUAGAUUUAAUGAAUAAAAAUUUUAAAAUUCAAUAUGAAUUUUAGGUAAAAAAUUUGAAAAAUUUCACUUUUUCAAACUAAUAUUUUCUUGUUUUUAGGUACUCCCUAACCCUCCAGCAAAUUCGAAAUAUGAAAGAAGCGAUCGUUGACAAAGUUCACAAAGGAAAUGACUGGAGAAAACAGGUCAACACAGCCUUGACUAGUGGAUUAUGUGAGUUGAAAAAAAAAUUUUAUUUCAAAAAAAAAUUUUAAUUUUCAAAAAAAAUUUUUUAAUUUUUUCAAAAUUUUUAAUUUUUAUAUUUCAGCUCCCCGCGACGCCGAAGCCUUCAUGAACAGCUUCCAUCGACAGAAAUUGCCCAGCUGCGAGGAGAAGGACCGCUUGUUGGCCGCCAUAAACUCGCAUUCGGAACUCGUGGAGACGGCCACGCGAUUGCUGGCGCCGAAAAUAAAACUCCGCGAUGAGACGCGCAUUCAACGCGCCGACAGUCGAAUCUCCCCGCAAGGCAUUUUGGAACUGGUCCGCAAGUUCAAGGGCAUCAAUAUUUUCGAUACCAGCAUGAUCGAAAGAUUGGAUGUGAGUUUGAAUUUUUGGAUUUUUUGAGAUUUUUUUGUUUUAAUUUUUUAAAAACUUUCUAUUUUUUUUUUCUUUUUUAUUUUUUUAUAGAUUUUUUCAAAUUUAAAAAAAAUUUUUUUUUUUAAUUUUUAAUUUUUUUUUUGAUUUUUCGAUUUUUUUUAUUUUUAUUUUUUAAAAUUUUUAUUUGAUUUUAUACUUUUUUUAAAAAUUAAAAAAAUUUUUUUAUAAAAUUUUCAAAAAUUAUAAAAUUUUCAUAAAAUUUUUUUUUCAGAACCGAUAUCGCGACUACGUGAAAUGGACAAGAAGAGUAAGCCAAGUGACCUGCAGAGAACGCGAACUCUCCCCAUUCGAAUUCGUCCAAUCCCUGGAGAAACUGCUCACCGAGGCCGACGUCUUGAACAUGAAAUUGGACGAAAGCGAAGAGAUCCGCGGCCGCAUCAAAGACGCCAACUGGAAGAUCAGAGCCAGCUCCCUGGUGGACUCGCACGCCCGUUGCCAGGCCCGCUCGCUGCUCCUGAAGGCCCAAAGCGGCGUCGUUUUCGAGGAGGAGCUGAACUCGGUGGACAUGGCCGAAUUGGACGAAUUAAGAGCAUAUGCCAAGGGAAAUUGGAGCCAAAAACAGAGCCUGUUUGUGGAGACCCUCCUUGGGGACCUGGAUAAAAUGCGGCGAGAGGCGGUGGAGAAGCUGAGCCAGGUGGGAUAUUGUUUUAGGUUGAUAUGUUAAUCUGCCUAGUGUAAGGUAAAAAAUGUGGAUUUGAUGGGAAAAAUGGAGUUUGCAGAAAGAUUUGAGGGUUUGAAAAGAUAGUAGAAGGGUUUGAGGAGUUGAUAAUCGUAUUUGGAGUCUUGAUUUUCAGGUAAACGACUUCCUAACCGCCUCUUCUUCCAAAAACCCACCGAAGAACCGAGGGUUCGCCGAAGUUUUCAAAUUUGCCAAGGAAACGGUGGGAUGCAUCGAUUGGCUUGCCGAGAAUUUGAUGCUCGAGUUCAGAGAGGAGCUGAAAGUCUUGGAGGAAGCGAGCUCCAACUUCAGGAAGUUGGCCUCAGGACAGCCGAUGAAAUUGGCGUCCAUUUAUCAACUUAUGAGACAAAUGGAUCGAAAUCGGUAAAAGCAGUGGGAUUUUUAUGGAUUUUAGGGUGGAAUAGGAUAGUAUAGAGCGAAUAGAGGCUUUGGAAUGGGGUUGGGGAAAGGGUUUGUGAAUUUUUGGGGUUAUAUUGUAGUAGAUAGAAAUUGGUCGUAAAGUCUAAAGUAAUAUUAAUUUGUUGAUGCUGGGGCUUUUUAAUGGUACUAGAGAAUGUAUGGAGUAUCUAGUAAGAGAUUUGAAGACUAUUUGUAGAAUUUUUGGAGCUAAUAUUACACUAGACAGACUUUGAACUUUGAUGUCUAAAAUAAUGUAAUUUUUGGGUUUAAAAUCAAAAGUUUUUAAUGAGAAUGGAUGCACGACGUCCAAAGGGCUUGAGAAUGAAUUUGGACACCAUUUUUAAAAAUUUUGAUUAUUGAAAGUACCUAAAGUAAUAUAAUUUUCCCCCUCCAGAUUGCUGAUCAACCCCACGGAACUGGACGAUGUGGAAGUCUUCCGCGACAAUUCCCUCAAAUUCAUCGAAGAAAUCCACAAUGCCGUCGCGAAAGAGGGCACGUAUCACUCGGCGGUGCAAUGCCUUUUGCCCCGAAAAGAUUUGAUCACAAUGAUUGAAGAGGCGUCCGAGAAGCUCUACAAACAAUCCAGAGACAAUUUCUCGGAGGAAUGGCCCGAACUGAAGAGUGUCUUGUCGGCAGAAGACGUUGAAGCAAUGGUAAGGAGAGGUGGUUAUGUUGUAGUAGGCAAAAUUGAUGGGUUUUGAAGUUUUCCGGGUUUUUUUGAGUGAUUGAGUGGUAAAGGGUGCAUUUUUUGUGGAUUAAAAGAGAAUAGAGUAUUUGGAAAGGGAUUAGAGCUUUUAUCAGAGGUCUGUGUUGUUGAAAAUGACCGAUUUUUUGGGAAUUUUUGAUACGGUCACGGACCUGAUCCAGUGGAAAAAAACGUAAAAUUUAACAUCCGGGAAGCAUCAAAAAUGUGGCAAAAUGUCUCCCUUUUCAAGUGAAAAAACUUUGUUUUGAAGGUCGCGCUUUUUAAAACGGAGUUUUCUCACUUGGAAAUGGAGGUAUUUUGCCACAUUUUUGAUGCUUCCCGGAUGCAAAAUGGUACGUUUUUUGCCCAUGGAUCAGACCCCUCGUCGAACAGAAUUUUUUCAACCAAAAAAAAUUUUUUUUUGCAAAAAUUCACAAAUUUGCUUUCCACUUUGCUUGCUCUCCAAAAAUUUUUUACUCCUCUAAAAAUAAAUUCCAAUCCACCACUGUAUUUUUAAGUUUAAUUUUCGCCUAUGAAUCUUUGUUUUGAUCCGAAAAAGGCUGGGAAAAGCCUUAAUUUUUUGUGAUUUGUAAAAAUUUUAAGAGUUUUGCCUAUUUUAGUUCCCAACUUACGACUUGAACGAGUCAAUGCGCCUUCUCCGAGCGGCCCGCGAAAGAAACGCCCAACUCCCGACCUACAAGACGUGCAUCGAGAGCCCGGGCUGCUCGAAGAAGCUCUCAGAAGAGGAGAAAGAAUCCACGAUUGAAUGCUUUGUCUGCCUCCAGAAACAACACACCUCCUGCGCCAUCUGGUCGACGGCCCUGGACCGCUACCCGGACGGCCUGUACAUUUGCCAUCGCUGCUGCCGAUCGCAGCGACCCACCAUCGAAUCGAUAGAAAAAUUGGUGAAGGAAGGACCCAAGGAAUCGCUGGAAAUGGAGUUUGUGAGAAUGGCGACAGCGGAUAUUCGAAAUCAGUGGGAAGAAACGUUGAACAUGGAUAUUGAACAAGAUGGGUAAGAAAAUGGUGAUUUGGGGGAGAUUUUGGCUUGCGUAGGUGGAUGUUGGCUGAGAAUAUGAGUUGUUGGGCUUGUAGGAUGUACUGUUAGUGUUUUUGGAUAGGUCGAGACAGAAUUAUGGCAAGGGGGGACCAAAAUUUUGAUUUGGGAAAAAUUUGGUUUUUUGAAAAAAAUCACCGGAUUUUUAGCUUUUAGCUCGUGAAUAAUGAAUCUAGGGACCAUUCAGAAGUAAAAAAAAUGAAAGUAUGGCAAGAAGGGACCAUAUAAAAUUAGAUUUUUUGAGAACUAGGAAAAAAAUUUUUUUUGAUGUGUAAAGUAAGAUUUUUUGAUUUUUAGCGACCAAACUCCACUCAUAUACGCCCUCACCCUCGAACUUCAUGAUCCACAGGCCUUUGAGGUGCUAAUAAACAGGUUUAAGCCCAGUUUCACGGAAGCGCAGAAGAGCGGUUGGCGAAAAAUCAAAGAGAACAACCCGGAAAUGCCCUUGACAACAAGCGGAAUAAAAGACUCACUGUUGGGAGGGAAACGGCGGAGAUUCAAGUGCCUAAGGAUACGACCCGGCCUAGGCAGUCCGAUCAAACGAAAAGGAGCGGCCCCGGAGCGAUGCGCAGCCGGAACUUGUCUGAAAUAUAAGGGUAGGUUGAGAUGAGAAGGGUAAUAUAAAAUUUUGAUGAUUUUCUAGCCAAUUACUCUGGAAGUUGGAUAGAAAGGGGUCUUUUACCCGAGAUAAUAUCAAGAUUUGUCUGAAAUUACUGUGAGGGACCUGAUCCAGUGGCAAAAAACGUCUCAUUUUGCAUCCAGAAAGGCAACAAAUUGUCGCAAAAUACCUCCCUUCUUUAAGCUAAAAAAACCCCGCUUUGAAGAGCUCUACCUUUCCUUCACGAACAGAGCGCCAGCUCCGAAUGCAUCCGACAAUAUUCGCAAUCAAAAAACCCGAGAUUUUUGCGCUUCUCUCUUUCUCCUUUUCCGUGAAAAAACAAUAAAAUUCCGCAAAUACGGAAGGCCAAAAAAAAGAGAAGCGCAAAAAUCACGCGUUUUUUUUGAUUGCGAAUAUUGUCGGAUGCAUUCGGAGCUGGCGCUCUGUUCGUGAAGGAAAGGGCGUGCUAUUCAAAGCGGGGUUUUUUCAGCUUAAAGAAGGGAGGUAUUUUGCGACAAUUUGAUGCCUUCCUGGAUGCAAAAUGGGACGUUUUUUGCCACUGGAUCAGGUCCCUCAUUGUAGUGGGGAAGUUGGAUAGAAAAGGGAUUUCGUUGGGCUCGUAGGGCCGUUUGAGCAUGUAUUUUUGGAAAGAGUUCCUUAUUCUGGCCAAAACAAAGGUACCCUGCGAACUGCGCCCAAGCUUGUGAACUAAAGUUGGGAAAAAAGGCUUCGACCUAGCUGACACCGAUUUAUUAUAGUAGCUCUAUAGUUUUAAGGCUACCUACGAGGGCUAUGAAAACUCAUUUAGUUUAUACGGAGGCAAUAAGUUUAGUUCCGGACAUGUUUCGUCGUAUAAAAUGUAAAAUCGCAGGCUGUAGCCGUUUUUGAAGGAUAAAGGUGGUACGUGAAAAAGAAGGUACCUCACUGACUAAAUCCACUCUCCGGGCAUUGACAAUGAUGAAUGGCACGCGAAAUUUGGGCUAAUUUUGACCAGUUUCCGCAAAGUUAUAAGUUGUGCCCAGGAUAAGGAACUUUUGCCGUAUUUUUUUUAUGGGAAAAGAGAAUCGAAGUUAACUCCCAAAUUUCAGCCGAUUCGUACCGCGAACUGCAGUGCACCGCCUGCCAAAACUGGUUCCACCUGGCGUGCGUGGGCGUCCGCUUCGAGGAAGCGAAAUUAUUCCCCGCAUACCGCUGCAUUCCCUGCAUGCAGGCGGCCAAACCCCCGAUCUCCGGUAACUCCCAAAUGCCCGUUCUCGAACCCCAAAGCGAGCUUAUCAUCCUGGAAUAG